AUGGCAGUCUCAACAGUUAAAGAGGAAGACUACGAGCUUCUCCCGGGGAUCGAGCAGUACGAACCACCGUCAUCGGCAUUGUUAGCACAAACCACAUUCGUUUCAGUAUCGGUCAAACUCGACCCGGCCUUGUUCGUCGACUUCGAUGCCAUCCAAGGGCACCUCGACCGUCUCUGUGUCCUCGCCGAUCUCGUCCGCGCCGCGCAUACCACCAUCGAUCAACACGAGGCGAGAAUCCAGCACGGGCUCUCAGAGCUCUGGGACGAGAACCAGGACAUCCGCAGGCGUGGUCUUCGAGGGGGAACGGCGCGCAAGCAACGAAAAAUCACUGGCAAGUACGUGCGCAUCGCCACCGUCAUGGACCGCGAACUGGCCGAUCGCCGAUUGGAGGUGGAAAAGACCGACUACCUUGGCCGCAACCGGGUUGCGGGACUACGUGGGCUGAGGGACAUGUUUGAAGACGCCUUUUGUUUUCUCCGGGACCAGCAACACAAAUGUGAGGAUAUCCUUCGAUGUGCGGAUAUCUUGAUGUACGGCGUCACCACGCCACACAUGUUGACACACCUGGCGACCGUGGACCAAGUUUUCACGGACGAAAAUUGGGCGCAGAUUGAGGACAUUGAGAGCAUGUUGGACACUUUCGAUGAGGAAUACGACCCGAACUUGUGA